AUUUAGUUGGUCUGAACACUAUCUUUCAAAGACCGAACACAAAUGGCAUGAAUGAGGGAUAAUUGAUUUCUUCAUCAUUAUCAAGUCACUGUGAAAAUUUGUUGUGGUCUCAUGCGGAGAACGAAAACUCCAAUGAAAACACUCAUGUCAAGAAGUUCGUACUCUUUCUUUCUCUCUCUCUUUUUUUCAGUCUUAAAUGACUACUGAUGUUUCUUUAUCUUGUUUUGAUGGAUUCUCUCUUAUUUAUUCGAAAUCGACACAAGGAAAAGGACGAGAAUAUGUAGCAAAACAAAUCAUUGAUCCAGGUACAACCGUGUUGAAAGUGACUCCUUAUGCUACAGCUAUUUUUGACAGUUUCAAAAAACGACUUUGUGCUCGGUGUCUUUGUGCUCAUCCAACCAAAAGUUUUUCAACCCAUUGUCUAGGCUGUGACCAGGUAUAUUUCUGCAGCAUCGACUGUGCAAACAAGUACUUAAAAUGGCAUGAUCCAGGUUGUUGUGAUGUGUUACGGAAGCUAGCUUCUUUGAAAAAGGUAGACCGUCAUAUGAAAAGUGUAGCAAAAUUGGUGGUGAUGAUCUAUUGGCAACGACAAAAGAACAAUGAAGAUAAUUCCUAUACUUUAGUACAACAUUUGGAAUCACAUUAUGAUGAUUGGGAUCAAGAUAUCAAACGAGACUGGCAUCGGAUACACACUUUUUUAUGGAAACAUAUCUCUGCAUUGGGUUGGCUGCUUCCUCAUGAAACCGAUGCGGACAUCAUGCAUCUUGUGUCGAAAAUUGAAUCAAAUGGUUUUGGGAUUUAUUUGGAAAAUAGAUUGGAUGUGGUAGCAGGAAGAGCACUUUAUCCGUUAGCAUCCUUAUUCAAUCAUGAUUGUGCAUAUAAUUGUCAACCUCGUGGAAAAUUCAGGGAAAUGACUAUUCGAACGCUCAGCACCAUCCAAAAAGAGGAUCCUUUGACCAUUGCUUAUACUGACACUGAUUUACCUGUGAUGAACCGACGACAGAAACUUUUACAAGAUUAUUAUUUUACUUGCCAAUGCAAUCGGUGUUUAUUGGAAAGUGCAUCCAAGAAACGAAAAUAA